AGAGGAGCGGCUGCAGGAGGAGGACGACGAAGGAGAGGUGGUGGUGGUUAAAGAGGAGCGCCUGGCCCCGCGGGAGCCGGCGGAGGAGGCCCGCACGUUGAGGCAACGGUCGCGACCCGGUCGCGUCUAAGGUGGAUCUUCGGGGCGCCACGACGACGCUCAACUUCACGGACCUGGGGAGCCCAUUCGGGGCGGGCGACCCCUGUCCGUCGAGUACCCCGACCCCGAACAGCAUGUCGGGCGGUGGAGGCGGUGGCGGCGGCCCGUCGGCCGGCGGACCGCCAAACGCGACUCCGGGCCCGGGUGCGAGUAGCGGCUCGGAGCUCGAACAGCACCUACAUCAUACGAUGGGCUCGGUAACGCCGGGCCCCGGCGGUAACGGGGCCGACAGCGCCUCCAGCACACCAGUCUCCCAGAGCGGCAAGUCCGCCUUCAUCGAGCUCCAGCACAACAACCUCUAUAAUCCGAGCGGCCUGAGAACGGCCGGUUACCCUGGUGGGCACAACGUACCCGGGGCCCACCAGUUCUCCCAGCAUGUGGGCGCUCUCGCGGGUCACCAGGGCUCCCAGCCCGGUGCCGGCAAUCAGCAACACGGCCCCGAGACGGGAUUCCCCAGUCCCAGAAGCGCUCUUGCUGGCUAUCCCUUCGCUCCCAUGCACCAGCACAACGCCUACGGGUAUCACCUGGGCUCCUAUGCGCCCCAGUGCCCUUCGCCGCCCAAGGACGGCGAGUACCCUAACUACCUCUCGCCUCUGGACAACAAGGGCGGCAUCGUGGACGAGCUCGGGGGCGGCGGCGGCGGCUCCCUGAGGAACGGCAAGGGCAAGAAGAUGAGGAAGCCCAGGACGAUCUACAGCAGUCUGCAGUUACAGCAGCUUAACAGGCGGUUUCAGCGAACGCAGUACCUAGCACUACCCGAGCGAGCUGAACUCGCCGCGAGCCUCGGACUUACGCAGACGCAGGUGAAAAUCUGGUUCCAAAACAGAAGGAGCAAGUAUAAGAAAAUGAUGAAAGCGGCGCAACAGGGCGGCGGUGGCGGCGGUGGACAGCAUGGCAGUUUACUCGCCGGGGGCACGGCCCUACCUGGGGGACCAUCGCCGCAACCCGGACAGCCCGGAGGACUUAUGCAAGGAGGUGGCGGAAGUUCGGUAUCGGGCAGUCCGACGACGGGAUACCUUGGUGGUAUGGGGGGCGGCGGCGGGGGCCACACCCCCGGCAGCUCGAGCCCCGGGAGCGAGAUGUCGCCGCAGCACAACGAGAGCCCGCCCGCCCCCGCCUGGCCUGGCGAGAUGAAGCACCAUCCGCACCCGCACGCGCCGCCGCACAGCCACCACCACCCCCACACGCCCGGACACCAUCCGCCGCCUCCGCCACCACCGCCGCAUCACGCCGGCUACAUGCCACAGUACUCUUGGUACCAAGCCGACCCCAACCCCGGAUUGCUCACGGUGUGGCCGGCAGUUUAACGAAGCCGUCUAUCGUUCCGAGCCAGAGUUUGAAAUGUGAAAGAGC